AUGAAUGGGUUGUUGGGAAACGCUCCGCAGACAAAUAUGUAUGUGCGAGCGCUAUACGACUACGAGGCCGACGACCGAACAAGUCUUAGUUUUCACGAGGGGGAUGUAAUACAAGUGAUCACACAAUUAGAAAGUGGUUGGUGGGAUGGAGUCAUAAAUGGUGUGAGGGGAUGGUUCCCCAGUAAUUACUGCCAGGUUGUAUCGGGCCCUGAUGAUGUCCUGGACGGCAAGCCGAAUGGGGCUGGAAUGGGUAUAGAUGAUGAUAUCGACGACGACGAAGACGACGAAGAACAAUACGAAGAGCAGUACGAUGAUGAGGGCGAAGAAUCAGAACGUGACGACUUUUCACACUUGCCUGCAACCGGUGUGAACAGCAAUGGAAGAUCAGGGGCGGAUUUCUGGAUACCUCAAGCGACUCCUGAUGGUAGAUUGUUCUAUUUCAAUACGGAGACUGGCGAGAGUAGUAUGGAGCUACCGUUGGAAUCGCCAUCUUCGUCAACGGAAAUGGGACCGAGAGAUCGGAUGAAUGUCAGUAUACCGGAGAAAACAAGGCCCCCACCAGAAAUGAUGGCGCGAGGAUAUGUAAAUGAAACAGACGAUGAAUCGGAAGGCAAUUCUGCAUCUGAGCUCGAUGGAGAGUCUAUAAUGCUCGCAUCUAAAUCCUCCUUCCCACGGAAGAAACGCAGAUCUCAAUUAUCGGAAGGUGUGUCACCAGCUACCUCCAUGGACUCAAUCAACGGCACAUCUCCUGGCACUCGCUCACGAGCCGACACGUUCAACACACCGAAUGUAUCCCUAACAGCAAUGCCGAUAAUGGGCCCAUCUACAACUUCUUUCACGACUCCUGCUCUUGGCCCACCACACGCUGCUACUUUGCCUCGAUCAUUCUUUGAUGAUGGAUCUGCUGCGCCACUGACAUGGAAUAGACUCGUUGCAAAUAUGAAGAAAGCUGUGGAUCGCUAUCGCGAAGCAAUCAACAACCAUGAUCGUUCCGAGUACGUUCGCCGAGCUGAAGAUAUUUCCGAUCACCUCCGACUAUUACUGGCUGCUGGAUCUGGUACUACGGAUAAUCAUUCUGGCCAGCCUUCUAUCAUUUCUACUAACAAAGCCCUGUAUCCCCACUUUCGGGACAUGAUGUCAAAAUUCUCGAAAUUAGUUAUUUCGUCACACAUUGCUGCUUCUGACUGGCCCAAUUCGGAGUCAUAUCAAAAAUGUUUGCAGGAGGCGGAUGGCGUACUUCUAGGCGUUUUCAGCUACGUUGAGGUCGCCCGCCAGCAGCGCGGCGAGGACAUACCACGAUUACUCCCUGGUUUUGUCGUUGGUAGCACUAUUGGUGGUAGUUGGCAAAAUAAUGGGCUUGGAUCUAGAGACCCUCUAACGUCCAACUUUCUCGACGAAGAUGAGAAUGUCGUUGAACCUUCUGCGAUUUUAGAUGCAAAGUUGAUGGAGAGACUCGAUGAUUUGAAGAGAAUGCUAACAUCUAGCAUUCGAAAAUUGGAGGAGCAUCUCGUACUCACCGACAAAAUUAUCACCCCUUACAGACACGAACUGAUUGGUAAUAAUGUUUGUGCAGCCGCGCAAAAAGUUCUCGAGAUGUUCAAGCCUUGGGUGUCUACAGUUGAAUCUAUCAACUUGUCUUCUCUUGGCGAUACAUUCCAAAAUCCUCAACUUAUUGAUUUUGCCAAACAGAAGCAAAGUUUAUACGAUAACAUAUCAGAUUUAUUGCUAGGAUGUCAGGCUGUAGCUGGGCCUUUAGGUGAUGAGUGGGCGGAAGUCCGUGGGGAGUCAUUGGAAGGGCGGUUGAUAUAUGUGCGCACGUGUUCAAGAUCUUUGGAAACAAACUCAUCUCAUAUUGGCUUCUCAUUGCAACUUCUUGGUGAGCUUGUUCAAACAGCUAUGCAGCAGGCUUUGCCUCUCGAAGAAAGGGCGAAAAGUUUACGGAGAGGUGAUAGCGCGCCCUACGAGCGACUCCAUCAACGAUCAGACUCCCGGAAUCCAUCACUCCGUCCUAGCCUUGCAGAUAUUGGUAAGUCACAAACUUACUCUGAAGGUGAUACAGUUCUUCCACCAUUUCGAAAGGAGAACUCUAAAGUCAGGAAAUUCUUUGGCGAAGAGCCAACUCGAAGAGAUGCCCCAGACGAGACACCAGACUGCUUGAAGCUUGACCACGAAGAUGAUAUUUCCUACGAUACAAAAGUCCAGCCUCCUAUCUUGAAGGGCGGUACACUUGUAGCAUUGGUUGAGCAGCUUACACGCCACGACAAAUUGAGCUCGGAUUUCAACAACACCUUUUUACUCACGUAUCGGUCUUUUACGAAUGCGAGAGAAUUAUUCGAGCAUUUGGUGAAGCGCUUUCAGCCAAUCAGAUUUCGAGUUGUCAACAUUCUGAAAUCAUGGUUUGAACUUUUCUGGAUGGAGGAUCAAAGUGACGAUACCAAAGCUCUCAUAGCCAACGUCUACACUUUUGCUCGAGACACUGUGAAAGCUACUGAAACGCCAGGUUCCGGUUCGUUGAUGACUCUCUUGGAACAACGGUUACGGGGACAGGAAGCUACAGCCAAACGUUUAGUCUUGACCUUGAACCAUUCGACGCCACAACCAAUCAUGCCCAAAAACAUGAAGAAGCUUAAAUUCUUGGAUAUUGAUGUAACAGAAUUUGCACGUCAACUUACUAUUGUCGAGUCGAAGCUUUAUGGGAAGAUCAAACCCACGGAAUGCUUGAAUAAAACUUGGCAGAAGAAAGUUGGCGAAAACGACCCUGAGCCUGCGCCGAAUGUUAAGGCUCUGAUCCUACAUUCUAAUCAGUUGACGAAUUGGGUCGCUGAAAUGAUUCUCACGCAACUCGAUGUCAAAAAGCGCGUUGUCGUCAUCAAACAUUUCGUUCUUGUUGCCGAUAAAUGCCGUACUUUAAACAAUUACUCAACUCUCACUUCUAUCAUCUCUGCGCUCGGUACGGCACCAAUCCAUCGCCUGAAAAGAACCUGGGAUCAAGUCCCAGCCAAAACUUUGGCAAUACUGGAAUCCAUGCGUCGCCUUAUGGGCAGCACAAAGAAUUUCGGAGAAUAUAGAGAAAGUUUGCAUCUUGCCAAUCCCCCAUGUAUACCCUUUUUCGGUGUGUACCUUACCGAUCUUACAUUCAUCGAGGAUGGUAUACCUUCUAUCAUCAAGAAAACUACAUUGAUUAACUUUGCCAAACGAGCAAAGACCGCUGAAGUCAUUCGCGACAUUCAGCAAUAUCAGAAUGUCCCGUACGGCUUGCAGCCAGUCCCGGAACUUCAAGAAUAUAUAUUAACCAAUAUGCAAGCUGCGGGAGAUGUACAUGAAAUGUAUGAAAAGAGUUUAGCAGUCGAGCCAAGAGAGCGUGAGGACGAGAAGAUAGUUAGGGUGUUGGCUGAAUCAGGCUUCCUAUGA